AUGGAUGUGGAAGGUGCGGAGUGCUGGAGGUCGGGAGGCGGCAGGAUGGUGGCGGAGGAGGGCAAGACCAGGGCGACGGACUUCUCCAUCGCGGCCAUCAUGGCCCGCGCCGCGGAGCCGCGCAGCCCGCUCGCGCGCUCGCCGCCGCACACCGGUUCGGUGUCGAGACAGAGUUCACCGGCGUCGCUCAGUUCCCCCGCGUCCAGCUGCCGGUCUCCGGGGCCGGACGAGGAUGUUGAGGUUGACGUAGAACAGUGCUCGGACGGCGAGAGAGAUGCCUCCGACCACGCCAUACCUUCGCCCGCUCCCUCAUCUGAGUUAGGCGAGCGGGACACCCCGUCCCCCGCGCGGCCGCUGCCCCCCGCCACCUCCUGCAACUGCGAGGAGCUGCUCUCGGUGGACUGCCAGCUCGAGACCAAGGAGCUCUGGGACAAGUUCCACGACCUGGGCACCGAGAUGAUCAUCACGAAGACUGGGAGACGCAUGUUCCCGACGGUGCGCGUGUCGUUCGCGGGCUGCCGCGCGGAGGCGCGCUACGCCGUGCUGCUGGACGUGGUGCCGGUGGACGGCAAGCGCUACCGCUACGCCUACCACCGCUCCUCGUGGCUCGUGGCCGGCAAGGCCGACCCGCCCGCGCCCGCGCGCCUCUACCCGCACCCCGACUCGCCCUUCACCGGCGACCAGCUGCGCAAGCAGGUCGUCUCCUUCGAGAAGGUCAAGCUCACCAACAACGAGAUGGACAAAAAUGGACAGAUCGUCCUGAACUCCAUGCACCGAUACCAGCCCAGGAUCCACUUGGUGAAGGUUCGCGACGGAGGUGGACCGAUCACGGACCUCUGCCGUGAACAGCACCGCACGUUCGUGUUCCCUGAGACCGUGUUCACGGCUGUCACGGCAUACCAGAACCAACUCAUCACAAAACUGAAGAUUGACUCGAACCCUUUCGCGAAAGGGUUCAGAGAUUCCUCGAGGCUUACGGAUUUUGAUAGAGAUCCAAUGGAGCUGAUGUUGAUGGAGCAGCAACUACUUCGGUCUCCGUUACGGCUGUACGCAAGUGGGGCGAGCGGAGUUGGUGGAGAUGAAGAGGCUGAAAAGCGAGCGGCCUGGGCGCGGACGCCUCCUGCGCUGCAACUGCUGGCCCUCGGCGGACGGGCCUGGCCCACGGCGUGGCCCCAGCCGCUGGCCCUGCCGCCGGACCUGUGGCUGCAGAAGCCCCCGGCGCCGCUCCGCUACUGCCCCUACCCGCCGCCGGCGCACCCCGGCGCGCCCCCCACGCGACCUGACCACUCGCCCUCGCCACGACACCCGCUGUGA